CAACAAACAUCAGUAAAAUGAUACUCACUCACUCGUUACCGACUGCACUUGUCAAACUUUGCGACACGGGUAACAGAACCAAAAUCCGAGUAUGGAAACGUGCCAAGAUGAGUCCAUUCCGCAGUGCACCGUUUUCAUGAUCGGAACUCUGAUACGCUUAUCUAGAAGGCAAAAUGGAUUCAACAGUACUGAAAGCAAUGCAGAAUGUGCAGCAUAAAUACAAAGAGAAGCUAGAUGAGGCUAAGAAGUUGGAGCCGCCUGCUCCUCCUACACCCUACAUUCCUGGUCUGACUGCACGACCACCAGAUCCUGUGGUCACAGCUUCACACUCACAAGCUUCUUUACCAAAGGUGGUUCCAAAAGAACUGGUAGAGGCUUUCUUGAAUGGCACUAAACAUCCUGUGAGUGCCCUGAUGGAGUAUGCUUCCAUGUUGAGACUGUCACCGACGUUUCAGGAAGUGGCAGUGGAACAGUAUUCCUUCACAGCUAAGUUUGCUAAUGAAUGUCGCGUUGGAACAAAUCGCUAUCCACAGGGGGUUGGAAAGACAAAGAAAGAAGCCAAGACCAAUGCAGCCAAAAUAGCUUUCACAAUGUUGCUGGGCUUGGAUGAAGAUGAUGUCGACGACAAUUCCAGAUCUGGAACUGUGGUAUAUGAUGCAAUGGGAAGAAAGCUGGUUAUGCCUAAAGACUGUGUCUCUAGUUCUGAACAUCAGACUGUGUGUUCUUCUGUGAAUGACAUGCCACGAGGUGCUGCUGCUGCAGCAGUGUCACAAGCAUCACCUUCAAGUAAGAGCGGGAGUGUUUAUGAUGUGGAUAAGGCAGAGGAGGAAGGAACAAGUGUGGAAACAAACCCAGUCUCUGCUCUUCAGGUCUUCUGCUCACAGAAAAGAAUUCCAUUUACUAUCAUCGUAGAUGACAAACAGGGCCCAUAUGGUUUCAGAGCAGAGGUGAAACUUCAUGAUAGAAAUAUGGUUGAAGCUUAUGGUCGGAGUAAGAAAGAAGCAAAACGGAAAGUAGCAUCUGAAGCACUGCAGUCUCUGAUGGAAACAGAGGAGGUGCCCAGUGGGAUAGAAGACCUUCCUCUUCCAGACAAGAUGGCCAACAUUGCCUAUCAGAAACUCUUCAGUGUCCUUCAACAUGUUCCAGACUUGUAUGCUGUAAAGAAAAAUUUUGCUGCCUUUAUUGUGCAGAGAAGCUCCACAGAUGUUGGGGAAGUGGUAGCCAUUGGUGUUGGUAACACCUGUCUGUCCUCCAGUAAUCUGACCACUGAUGGACGCACCCUCAUUGACAGCUAUGCUGUAACAGUGGCAAGAAGGGCCUUACUCAAGUAUUUCCAUAGAGAACUGAAGAGUUACUACGAGGGGAGCAAACUGUUAUCCAUAUUUUGCCCAAGUUCAACUUCCAGCCUGCUGAGACUGAAGGAUCAUAUCAGUCUACACCUGUUUGUGAGCCAGCCACCAGAGGGAGACUACGGUCUGUUUGCUGAUACGCCAUCGAGUGCUUUGACUCCAGAAAACAUGGAACUGGUUGAGUUUGGUGCUCACUUCCCUUCCUUUGAUGCUGAAGGAUGCAGUUUUCUCUCUGUUAAAGAUGAAGAUGGUGUUGUGCUGCCUGUGGCUGAAGACCAGCAGCCAUAUCAGAGCCUGGCAGACAUUGAGGCUGGUGAGGACAUCAUGGUCAUGUCCUGCAGUGACAAGCUGCUGCGCUGGAACAUACUGGGACUGCAGGGAGCACUCUUCACGCACUUCCUGGAACCUGUCUACCUGUCCUCAAUCAUAGUCGGUUCAAAGUUUGACCAUGGCCAUUGUUCCCGUGCAGUGUGUUGUCGUGUAUACGAUGUGUUAAGUGAGAGUUUGUCGUCUACAUAUCACAUCAACCAUCCACGCCUUCAUCCAGUCUCCAUAUCUUUCACUCACCACUACCCUGACGGACAACAUGCAACGUCUCUCAGUGUCAACUGGUCAGAGGGAGAUGACAAGGUGGAGGUCACAGAUGGUUUCACGGGGAAAACCACUCCAAUGUCCCCAUUCAAAACAGGUGCUUCAAUGGCCAGUCGAUUGUGCAAAGCUGGCUUCAUGGCAAGAUUUCGUGAACUUGCUAAGGUUUCCCCGAAACCUCAUUUGUUAAAGAUUUCUACCUUCCAUGAAGCUAAGCAAAAGGCGAGUGAAUACCAGGUUUCAAAACGUGCUAUGUGUGAGCACUGUGUACAGGCUGGCAUAGGAUGCUGGGUGGCUAAACCAGCUCAGAUUGAAUACUUCUCUAAGUGACCAGGACUUCCUCAAGCCUUACAGGUUCAACCUGCAUGUGUAAUGACUAAGCCUUAAAUAGACUCAGACCUCUCAGCAUUAAACGAUCGACUGUCAAAACCACACUGUAUAUGUUUGGUCACCUUCUUCACAUGCAAAUGGAUUAAGCUACAAUUGAUGAAAAUUGAUGGACUUUUUCUUUGACAACAAGAUAGAUAUACAAGUGAACAGAACUGUCCUUACCAUGUCAUCAAUUUUCUUCCACUUCAAGAGAUCAGGAGUACCUUUUGUUUGUUGUGUUCCCUGUUCUUGGGAUGUUGUGUAUUUUAAAUGCUUGACUGUCUCUGCUGAAAUUUGAUUACGAGCAAAUGUAUCAUUGUGAACAGAUUUGGAUUUUUCUUUGUUAAGCAUUUAUGUAUCUAUUGCAGUUUUGUUCUAUCCUUGGUUUGCAGGAAAUGCAACCGCCCAUGCACAUUAUAAGAAACCAUCCUCCCUGUCCUAUAUCCUCAGAUGUAAACAUGUUGAUGUAAGUUGUAAAUUGUUUUUAACCACAUCUGAUCAUGUUUGGGUUUGUCAUUUCACUCUGUAGCAUUGUGAGAUCAUAUUAGAAGACAAGUACAGACAAGCCAGGGUGCGAUUCCACUCUUUACAACCUGCACUAGUGCAUGUUAGCAAUGGCUGGUGCAGGUUACCUUCAGUAACAGGUUGUACCCAGUGCAGGUAACAAUAAAUCCUCCAACAUCUUA